AUGACGGUACACAGAGCCAAAUUUGACCCUGACUUCGAAUCCCAUUCAUCACACACGGAAUUAAUUAUCCUUGACCUCGCCUCAAAGAAGACAAGGGUCCUCACCAACUCCUACAGUGGAAGUCCGCAAUGGCUGGAUGAUAACCAGCUUAUUUGGCUGAAAGAGGAGAGCAACGGAAAUACAAGUUUCAUUGUCACCGAGGUUGCGGGUGAUUCUAAGCCCUACGUUGCUGGCGUGAUCCCCGGCACUGUAUCGAAUCUCAAGGUUACUAGGUUGUCAAAAGACCACUUUGCUUUUGCUGUCAGUGGAAAAGCAAACUCAAACGGGACACUCUUCAACCCUUCCAAUGUGAAAAAGCCUGUCAGCUCCGGCAAGAUCUAUACCUCUCUAUUUGUGAGACACUGGGAUGAAUAUACUCAAGAUGAGAAGCAAACGAUAUGGAUUGGAACGUUACAUAAGUCUUCCCUUUCUGGACCUGACGCAUCGCAGUACUCUGUGUCCGGUUUAAAGAAUGUGUUCAAGCUAUUCAAUCUCCCUCAUCGUGUUGAAUCUCCAAUUCUGCCCUUUGGCGGAUCUGAUCAUUUCGACAUUUGCCCCAAAGGAGUGGUCUUUGUUAGCAAGGACCCCACUCUUAACGAUGCUCUUCACACUAAAUGUGUCUGUUAUGUGUGCCCCAUUCCGUUUGCUACCUUGACCGAAUCCGUCAAUCCCAUGGAAGCGAAGGCAGUCACGGCUGCAUCACUUGAGGGCGCUUUAACUUCCCCGGUAAUAUCUUCGGUCAAUAACACACUAGCUUUCCUUGCCAUGCGGGAAGAUGGAUAUGAGUCGGAUAAGAACAGGGUGGUUAUAGCAAAGGGCGUAUUUGACCAGGAAUCAGAGACUAUUGAGCUUUUUGCCAGUGAGGACAACAAGGGCGCGUGGGACCGCAGCCCUAGCUCAUUGGUAUGGGCCCAUGACGAUUCUUCACUUAUAAUUAAGGCAGAAGAUACUGGCAGGGGGCUCGUCUUCCAGGUUCCGAUGGGAGAUGCAAAGGCCUUGACUACUGCCAACUUGCUCAAUAUCUCCUCGACUGGUUCGGUUGUGGAUGUAGCUUCCACUCCUAAGGGCCUUUUCCUCACAAGCAGCAGUCUUGUGGAAAGCAGUUUAUACUCAUUAGUGGAAGCUAAACACCAAGGAGAAACCAAGGAAAUCUCGUCGGCUACAAAUAACGGUUCAUCCUUUGGUCUGUCGCCAUCUCAAGUCAGUGAAACUUGGUGGAAGGGUGCCAAUGGCCACCCUGUCCAUGCCUGGGUUAUUAAGCCCUCCAACUUUAAACCAGGCGGAAAAUACCCUCUGGCAUUCCUUGUCCAUGGUGGCCCCCAAGGAGCAUGGAACGAUCAGUGGAGCACUCGAUGGAACCCUCUAAUCUUUGCCGAGCAGGGAUACGUGGUCGUCACACCAAACCCCACCGGAAGCACUGGUUAUGGACAAGGCUUCACUGAUGCCAUUAGAGGGUCUUGGGGUGGCCUACCUUACGAAGAUCUAGUCAAAUGCUUUGAACAUAUUGAAAACAAUCUCACCUUCGUGGACACUGACCGGGCUGUCGCCUUGGGCGCAUCGUACGGUGGAUUCAUGAUGAACUGGAUUCAGGGACAUGAGCUGGGAAGGAAGUUCAAGGCUUUGGUCACUCAUGAUGGAAUUUUCAGCACUAAAUUCUCCCUGGCCGCCGAGGAGCUGUACUUCCCUAUUCAUGAUCUCAAUGGGAUCUACUGGAAGAACCCUGAAAGCUGGAUAAAAUGGGAUCCCUCCGAGUUCAUCAAUGAAUGGAAGACCCCUCACCUUGUCAUUCACAGCGAGCGUGACUACCGACUUACAAUCGCUGAAGGCCUUGCUCUUUUCAACGCACUUCAGCUGCGUGGCGUGGAGAGUGCCCUUUUGACAUUCCCGGAUGAGAACCAUUGGGUCAUUAAGCCCGAGAACUCCUUGCUCUGGCACAGAGCUGUGAUCAACUGGAUCAACAAAUAUGCAGGGCUCCCCCUAUGGCUUGACAAGGAGGGCAAUAACUGUUUCCCGGAAGAUCUGACUCCAAUGAAAUAA